AUGGAAAGUGCCCUCUCCUUCGUCCUGAGCAAACCCAUCCACAUCCAUAGUAUUCCAAAUACCCACUGGCAGAUUUCGCACGCGUCACAAGAAGAGAGCGGUAAGAUGCGAGCUGGAACAAGUGGAAGCAGGGACUCCUCCUUCCAUCCAAUCUACAUCGGGGAUACCCCUUUCCCUUCAUGCUUACCGUCUUCUUCCUCAGCAGUCUCUUCUUUCUCUUUUUCAUCGAGAGACUCCUUUCCUGCAUCUUCCACACCACUCCCCACCACCCAAAAUUCACGGCCAGAGGCUGAAAUGUCAACUGACGUGAACAAUCCUGGCGGCCUCCAUUUGAUGAGCUCGGGUACUUCAUGCCCAUUAUUGAUUUCAUCAUCAGAUGUCUCUUCUCGAGAAGAAGAUAGUGCUCUAUCAUCUUUUUCAUCUGCAAUACCUGUCACACAAGAUUCACAGCCAUCAGUACCUUUCCACCUUUCACACCAAUUGCCUUUGUCCUCCAUCUUCCCUUCUCAACAAGGUCCUGCUACAUCCCUACGAAAUUCACAGCCAGCUAAUGUAACGACAAGGACAGAUCCUGAUGAUUCGCUCCCAUGGGGCAAGAUUUUAUUUAGUGUUGCCGCGGCUGCUUUGGUGGGGGCUUCAUUCACUGCUAGACACCUUACAACCGCCGUGAAAUGCGUAGCAGUAAUUACAGAAUGCAUUUCCAUCUUUUGCAUUUUGAUCGUCCACAAUCUGUUCUCUCAGAUUCCCCGCAAAACUAUUAUUUUCCUUGAGGCAUUUGGACAAUCCAUGGUGGCGUUGGGGCUUUUUGCUUUAUCGUUUGACCUCUUACCUCGGUACCUUAAAUUUUUCCCCGUCCUCCUCUGGGUUGGCGUUAGUAUUUCGGCUUAUUUUGGCGCUACUUCCGAAAGAGAAGGAGAAGGAUCAGUGGGAGACGAAGGGGGGAGACAUUUGAGGCUUGAGGCUUUAUAACAUUUCCGGACAUUAGGGCAUUUUCUCUUGGCAUGCAUGUACUUUUGGAAUCCUUUGAGCAGUUUGACUUAUAUUUAAGUUUU